AUGAAAGAUGACCAUCUGUCAGCCACUUUGUUAUUCCAAUUGGCUACAAAAACUGAUUCCGCACCACAAGAGACCAAGGGGAGCUUAUCAAUCAAAUUAUCAUUUAUAAAGGACAUCGCUGGCAUCGAAGGCUACGAGCAGAGCAUGACCAGCCUAUUGGCUGUGCUUCAUUCUGUUCUUUUUAUGAACCGAGAAUCAGAAAGAACAAAAAUGGUAGGUAUGGAUACGAGUGAAAUUGUCUCAGCUGACACAGUUAACAUCAUAAUCUAUGGUGCAUUUGGAUUCUAUACACUAAUCCAGUGUUCUCUUGGGAAACUCAAUGUGACAAGUCGAACGGUUGUCAUGGUAACUUUGAAUUGCGCCUUCCUACAAAUUUUGACUUUUUACCUUCAACCGAACCUGUGGGGAAGCUUGCUACUCGUUGCAUAUCUGACGUUGGCUCUGAGAUGGUUACCCAGGAAGAAAUUAUCUCCAGUUAGAAAAGCUGUCCUUAUUACAGGUUGUGACCGGGGAAUUGGCUUCAGUUUGGCCCAACAUUUGGAUGCUCAAGGAUUCCAUGUAUUUGCCAGUUUCCUGAACAAUCAAAGCCUGGAACAGAAACAGCUCGUAAAAAGUUGUUCCAAUCGACUUCAAACUAUUCAAAUGGAUGUGAGCAAUGUCAAGCAGGUGGAGGCAGCAGCAAAACUCAUCACGACUGAGGUCAGGGGUCAAGAACUAGAAUUCUGGGGUGUUAUCAACAAUGCAGGGAUAUGUUUCAUUGGCAACGUGGAAAUAAUGGCUUGGGAGGACAUGAACAAAGUCAUGGCCAUCAACUACUUUGGUCCUGUAAAUGUUUGUAAGGCAUUCCUUCCAUUGCUACGCCAGCACCGCGGUCGUCUUGUAAACGUUGCCAGUAAUGCAGGUCUGGUACCUGUCCCCCUAAUGGGUGUUUACUGUGCCUCCAAAGCAGCCCUAGCUACAAUGUCCGAGGUGUGGCGUUUUGAAUUACAGCGGUGGGGCAUCAAAGUUGCGACUGUCAUACCCAGUGGCUACAAGACUGGCAUACUGGCCUACGACAAAGCUGCUGUGGCUGACCGCUGGUGGUCAAAGGCUAGUGACACUGUCCAGAGGGACUACGGCAGAGAGUGUUUUAACAUCAAAUUUAAACAGAAAAAUUCAGAGGAGAUGCUGAGUGCCAACUUUUCAGAGAUCCUGAACAACAUAACAGAUGCUCUCUUGUCAACGUACCCCAAGUCCUACUACUACAAUGGAUUCCUGGCACGCUCCUUACCAUUUCUGUAUCUUCAUUUACCUGCCUUCAUUGGUGAUCCUAUCAUGUCUAUUCUCACAGAUUGGUUUGAUUUUCAACCAAAUUCAAUCACGUAA